GCAGCCACUCCGGUUUUGUAAGUUUUACUUUAUUUUCUGUUUUGGUUUUUGAAAAUAAGGGGAGAUUGUUGGAUAUUUUCAAUAACAUAGAAAAUAAAAUGUUUUCGUUUUUGGUUUGCCGCUAUGACGGGGGAGCUUCCUGUGUUGAAUAAACACAAUGGAUGUUAGUUGGAGAUGAAGAGACACCUCUAAAGGGUGUGAUGGUUCACAAAAGACACAACCAUUCUCAAUAGACACCUUAUGUGUCUUUUGGAAGUAAAGAGGCAUCUCCAAUAGGCAUGAGUUCCCUAUAAGUAGUGAUGAUUUGUUUUCAUUCAAACAAUGGAAAAACAUAUCUAAAACAUCUGAUUUAUUUUCUCUCUAAGCAUCAUCAGAAUCUAAAUACUGUGUGUUCUUGGUUGGGUCAAGGGAAGUACAACUCUUGAAUCCAAUUACGUUGUUAGGGCUUCAUUGUAUCCUGAAAGCAAUAUUUCGCUGGCCGGUUGUACUCGCCAGUUAUUUGGGAAUGGUCGAAAUAAUUGCUGAAAAGAAUCGCAAGGCCUUGAAGCUCCAGUGAUACAACAUUCUUUUCCGUUCUCUGUUUUCUUCAUCCUCUGUUUUUAGCCCAAAUUUUCCAACAAAUGAAAGAUCGAGCAAGUGGGCAGCCCCGUGGAUUCGUUUUUGUGACUUAUUCAGAUGCCUCUGUAGUUGACAGAGUUAUCGAAGAUACUCAUGUUAUAAAUGGAAAACAAGUUGAAAUCAAGCGGACCAUACCUAAGGGAACCAUGGGAUCCAAGGAUUUGAAGACCAAAAAGAUCUUCGUGGGCGGUAUUCCUACUAGCGUAAAAGAAGAUGAAUUUAGUGGGUUUUUCUCUAAGUUUGGAGAGGUCAAGGAACAUCAAAUCAUGCGGGACCAUGCAAGCACUCGUUCUCGGGGUUUUGGGUUUAUUACAUUUGAUAGUGAGGAAUCUGUCGAUAACAUUCUGUCUCAAGGGAACAAGAUCGAAUUUGCUGGAGCUCAGGUGGAGAUCAAGAAAGCAGAACCCAAGAAAUCUAACCCCCCAUUGGCACCACCCAGGCGUUUUUCCAAUUCUAGACCCAGUACUUAUGGUGGUGCUGGUGCUGGUGCUGGUGCAUUUGGGGAUGCUUAUGAUGGGUAUGGUGCGGGUGGUGGUGGGUCCUAUAGGUCAGGCGGGAUGUAUGGGGGUAGACCAGGUGGCCAUGCAGGAUAUGGCACUAGUGAAUUCGGUGGUGGAUAUGGAUAUGGAUAUGGUGGUAGCGGUCUAGGCGAUUAUAGAGAGUCUUCUCUAGGAUAUGCAGGCUGUUAUGGCGGAGGCUUCAAUAGAGGUUAUGACCUAGGAGGUGGUUAUGGUGGAGGAGCUGGUGAGGGUUAUGAUGGGUAUGGCGGUGCUGGUGGUUAUGGUAGUAGCUAUGUUGCAGGCUUUACGAGUGGCUACCGAGGUAGCGGUGGAAGCUCCCUAUAUGGAAAUAGAGGUGGUUAUGGAGUCGUGGCUUGGACACUAGCGAAGCUUCUAUUGAGAUUGGAAGAUGUUCAACCAUUAUCUAAACCUGAAGUAAACAGAGCAUCUUCUCAAGCUUUUGUUACUAUGCUGCAACUUGGACAGUCUUCUUUCCUUCCUCACCCAAUUGAGAAUGGUUCAUAUGAUAUAAUUGUUCUCUGCAUAAGAUUGCUCUACAAUACCGGGGAUGAGAUUCAAAGAUAUGGUUACAGUCAUGCUGUGACAACUAGCGAUAAUCAUGGCAUGACUUCUAAAAAAGAGCCCAGCCUUGAGCUUAAGAUACCAAUCACAUCUACGAAGAGUGGUCGGCUUUUAUGCUAUGGUUCUGUUGGUGGCAGUAUCUAUCGCAACGAUCCAAAAGCUUCAUCUUCCGAGUUGCUUGAGAGUUUUAGUAGGUUGGUUUGUCUAGUCAUUCUUCACAGGAAUACCUUAAUUUCACUGAAAGAAUUAGGAGAAAAAGAUACACAAAGAAUGGAAUCUGUUGAAAGGGCAAGGUCAAGUCAGGAGAUGCAGUGA